GCGUAUUCUAGAAGAGUCUUUCAACGUCUUAUAAAACCCUACUGCUAACUGCUCCAGGGUUUUAUCCUCUCAAACUGCUACAGAUAGACAAAACAAGUUUCUGAUUCCCUCUUCUUACAUCCUUAAAAAGAGUAGAUCCAGAAAUGGCUACAGCUCAGUUGACGGUAUCGUCUAUCUCAACGAGGAACUUGGCGUCGUUUCAGGGACUUCGGCCUACUGAAGCUGCGAAGUUCGGCCCUUCGGUGGGGCAUUUGACAGUAGGGCGUGGUCUCUCUCAGAGGUCGUUUAAGGGCCUGGUUGUCAAAGCCGCAACAGUUGUCGCACCCAAGUACACAUCGAUUAAGCCUUUGGGCGAUAGAGUGUUGGUGAAGAUCAAAACUGCAGAAGAAAAGACUGAGGGAGGAAUUUUACUUCCAACAACUGCUCAAACAAAGCCUCAAGGAGGUGAGGUGGUUGCAAUUGGAGAUGGUAAAACUGCCGGGAAGAACAAAGUGGACCUCAGUGUCAAGACUGGCAACCAAGUUGUGUAUUCUCAGUACGCUGGGACUGAGCUGGAGUUCAAUGGUUCAAAGCAUCUUAUUCUGAAGGACGAUAAUAUUGUUGGUAUUCUUGAAACAGAUGAUGUGAAAGAUCUCAAACCCCUGAAUGAUAGAGUUUUAAUCAAGGUUGCUGAGGCUGAAGAAAAGACUGCUGGUGGUCUGUUGCUGACAGAGGCAUCUAAAGAGAGACCUUCCAUUGGCACAGUGGUUGCAGUUGGGCCUGGUACUUUUGAUGAGGAGGGCAACAGGAAACCAUUAACCCUCACCCCAGGGAACACAGUUAUGUACUCCAAAUAUGCUGGGAACGACUUUAAGGGUAAAGACGGAUUGGAUUACAUUACUUUGAGGGCUUCAGAUGUUAUUGCUGUUCUUUCUUAGCUGCCAGUUAAAUGUGCUUGGAAUGUUACGGGAAUUUCUUUUGGUGAAGCUGCCCCAAAAGCAUAUGGAUUUUGAAUGUAGUUGCCCAUAGAGUAUGUUUUGAUUGCGGUGCUCUGUCAAAUUACGGUAUUUUUUGGUUAAGUGCUUAGCUAGGUAAAAUGCCAGGUCCAUUUGGUA